AAGCGGGGAAGCUUGGGUACAUAAUAAGAUCACUUUGCGACCAUCGGACGAUAAAUCAGCAGUAUCUUUACCAGUUAACUCAACGCAAACCAAGCGAAACAAUGCGCCACUCAUUGGUAGUGUGUUUUAUAGUGAUCGUAGCGUUCGCUACAAUCGGUGCACAAAAGGCGGGUUGUGUGAAGGAAAUCUGCCCAGUCCGGGAGCGGUACCAGUGUUGCGGCUCGUGCAUUCAGCGCACUUGUGCCCUGGAGGAUGACACUACAUGUCCGGACGUGUGCUACAAGGGUUGCUACUGCAAGCAGGGAUACGUAAGGAAGUACGCACCGGACGGUCCCUGCAUUCGGCAGGACAAGUGUCCCCGAACUAUUCCAACCCGCCCGCCCCGUAAAUAGUGUUGCUACAAAACCGGCUUUUUACCCUUAUCGGUGGAAUUUUUCAUAUCAAAACGGGACAGCGAAAAAUGGUAUUCCACGAAGCAUAAACAAAGAACGAAUUUGAUAUUGAAUUUUGCGUGUAAUUAAAUUGUGACCCGAGCAAAGUUUGAUUACACAUUCUUUUGAGAACGGGUUUCGGUCCGACCAUACCGGGAAUAUGCAUGCACGUAGUAAUAUAAUAA